GUCCAAGCCACCAGGGCCUACCUGCGGCUCAAGCGCAGGAUGAAUCAGAAGCGGAGUGGUCACCUGGCUCGAAGGAGGGCCAUCAUCCAGGGCAUCCCUGGCUUCUGGGCACGCGCCAUCCUGAAUCACCCCCAGUUAUCAGCUGUGAUAGGUGACCAGGACACAGACAUGCUCAGCUACAUGACCAAUUUAGAGGUGGAGGAACUGGGUCGUCCCAAGUACCGCUGCAGGUUGAUGUUUUACUUUGGGAGCAACCCCUACUUCCAGAACGACGUGAUCGUUAAGGAGUAUCACCUU